UGUUCAAUACAAGUUUAGCUCAGUCGAAAGCAUUUGUGGCAAAAUGUUGAAUACCACAAAACUUAAUUUGAACACGUUUCUCCUUUUCUUUAAAAAGGCAAUAAUCAAGGUUACAGUGAGGCACUUACAAUGAAUGGGAAUAGCAACAAAGUUUGGAGGGUUUAAAGGCAGAAAAUGUAAAGCUGUAUUUUUUAAAAACACUUACAUUAAUUCUUCUGUUAAAACUUGCAUUUCAUUUGAGCUGUAAAGUUCUUUAAAUCAUCGGUUUAUGGUGCUAUCUGUUAAAUUGGCUAUAACUUUACACAGAAAGGUCAGUAAGCAAUAUUAUUACACUAAAAUCAUGUUAACACGCAUAUUGUUAAUGUCUGGCUAUACUUUUGAAACAGUGAAUAUUUUUACAUUUAAAGAUUGGCCCCAUUCACUUCCAUUGUAAGUGCCUCACUGUAACCCAGUGAGUUUUUGUUGUUUUUAUAAAAGGUCUUUUUUUUUUUUUUUUGUGGUAAUCAACAUUGUGCCACAAAUGCUGUCAACUGAGGUUCAAUACAAUGCUUCACUUGUAUUGAACCUGAAAUAUUCUUUUAUGCUCCCAAAUUUGUAUGCAGCCAUUGAAUAAUAAAGGAUUUUUGAUGUAUGAGAGCCAUGAUUUUUUUAUUAUUAUUAUUCUAUUUUGUAUUUUUUAUUAGCAUUUGGUUUUUUUUAGGUUUUAUGGACCAUAGAGCACGUUAACUUUGCACCCCACUGCCUGUUCUUGAGCCAACAGGAAGGGUAUGAGGUUUUCCUCUGGCGUGAGGAGAGCUUAGAUUUCCUUCCUCAACUGCACACUUACAAUAAAGCAGAAGUUGCCAGUUGUAUUUAAAAUAAAAGAUGAGAGCAUUCUCGUGUAAUGAAUAGUGGGGAAGUUUGCAGUAAAGAGUUUAAAAGAACUGGAAGUACUUUCGAUUUUUGUAGUCUGGAGAGAAACAGCUCUUUGUGAUCUGUUCUGUAACUGUGUGAGGACAGCCGACAGAGAGUAUGGAAAAAUUAUAAAGGAUGAAAACUGUUGAUUGGUGUUCCUGGACCUUUCUUGCCUUUUUGUGCAUAUUAAAAGUCUGUGAGUGUGAACGCUGCUUAUCUGUUCGGGCGAGUCGUGGUUCAAAGUUUGUGCCAGAAGGGGGCAGUCUCCAGAUGAGCUGUGAGGUGGAACACUGUGGGGUACUUAGCUGGACUGGAGGAUGGACUUUUCAGGACAUGCAGAGGAGCACAGAGUGGACUUUCCUCACUCCCUCUCUACGCAUUCAGCUGUCUAAUUACACUCUGACCACCAACAGUACAAAUUUGUUGGUCAACAUUCAGAACAUCAACCAAUCAGAUGCUGGAGCAUACAAGUGCCUGAUAUCCUGGCCUCAACAUAUCACUAGCAGUGGACAUGUGACAUAUGUUAAUGUGACUGAAGGUCCUUUGCUCUGUACAGCAGAAUCAUCUGGCAGAAAGCUCUCUCAUCGAGUGCUGGUGUAUCUUGGUGCGUUGAUGUGUUGUCCUCUUGUUCUGGGAGUGGUUUGGUGUCUGACCCAGGAUCAUCCACCACCAAUUCCUCCUCACUCCCACACCUCCUAUGGUGCUAGAGUGAAACCAAAAAAGGAGUUGGUGUAUGCAGAAAUUGCAUUGAAUGACACAAGGCAGAAUAUCCGCACCAAACAAGAGCUGCAGCCAACCGUCUACUGCUCACUGCAUUUUCCCUGACCAGAACAACUGCAUCUUGCAUUUCUAUACCCAGAGGGUCGUUCAGAUCAAACGUGUUUUCACGUUAAACUAAUCCACCUUAUUUUGCAACGCGAAAGUAAGCAGUGGCUACAAUCGUAAUGAUAAUAAUAUGUGGACAUUUAUUGCCAGCCUGUAAUAUAAAGCAGCAUAAUGUAGUAUUUUUGUAUAGCUAAAGAGCUGGAAGUGUCCCACUAUUUUCGCUGAAAAAUAAAGUGGAUAGAGCAGAGAUAAAGCCUUUCUAGCAACAGUCCAAUUCACGCUAGCGCCGUCUUUGAUUUUUAAUGGUAAUGACAACAAAGCUGUGAGGGAUACUUACCAUCUUUUCAAUGUCAUGACCGGUAUAAAGCUCGUAGAUCACAUCUGAUUUCCACAACUCAUGUUGUUUGGAGUUCUUUGUAUACUGAAUGUUCUUGGGCAGAUAUUUUAUCAAUGUUUUGUCUGCAGCACGAUCCAAAAACUCUUUAAACUGCAGUACAGCUCACUGAAUAGACUGCAAGUCUAUCCCUCACAGCCUCCUUUUCAUUCCCAAUCAAAAUCAAAGAUGGUGCUAGUGCAAAUAAGGUGAAUGGCGGCCAUCUUUGAAACACUCCCAGGAAGCUAUUCCCAGUAAUGAAAGUGCUGCUCCUAUUUACUUGAAUGGGGGAACACCGAAAUCUCCACAACGAGUAAUCAAGAUAACGAUCAAGGAAAAUAUUUCAAAUCAGCAGUAAAAUCUAACAACACUGGUAUCUGAAAUUGAGCUUCUUUCACACAGAUAACGUGAAAUAAAAAGCUAUUUUACCAGCUUCUAAAGCUAAUGCGCAUAAUGCGCUUAAGCUGAUCGACAGGCGAUGUCUGUAUCUAAAAGGUGAUUGGUUCUUUUAGCUGUAAUGCCGGACUUCCUUUCUUCAUGGCCCGUCUCUGCUAAAUGGACCCUUUUCACAGACCUGUCAUGAUGCAUUUCCAUCUUCUUUAUCUACGUACAUGUAGCAAACUUUUUACAUUUCCAAUUUUACAAAUAUUUUGUGUAAAUGUAUAUAUUGUAGGCUACUUUGUAUUAUAUUACCCUGGUGGAAAAAAAUCUGUUACCACAGCUGUGAUGAGGCUUCUAACACAUCUGCUGAGGGAGUGACAGAAAAUGUGACUUUUUCAUGUGUAUGUCUCGAUAUACGUUUUAAAAGGUUAACGUUGUUUUAAAUUUGGCAUGGUGUAAUGGUCAAAGAUGUCUCUCCAGCACAUUUUUACAUAGAAAAACAAAGGCACAGACAGACGCAAAAACAUGUUUAGUGUGAACAGCCCCUAAUAGUAGGCCUACAGUUGCAGUAUUAGACACAGGCCAAGACUGAGAACAUAGAUGUCCGUUUAAAAUAUGAAUUUGACCAGGUGCAUUGUUAAACUUUAUGUUGUUCUACUGUCAAUUGGAUGUGUCCAUUGUAUAUAGAAUGAGUGAGAUAGUAUUUUGUGUGUAUGUGUGAAUUAUCUCAAAUUAAAGGCGACAAUGACUUGAGUAUAUCCAA